GAAUUGACAAGUUUGUUGGCAUAGCAAUAUAGACCAAGGGUAUACAGAAACAAGAACCCCACGCUUUAAUCCAGUUACAUAGACCAACUAGGACAUAUACAUUACACUGCACCUACUUUUAUUUCCCAUAAUUUUGAUACAUUAACACAAACACCAUGGCUGACAACACCGACGACUAUUCCUACGAUUAUGAAUAUUUAUACAAGAUUGUCUUGAUUGGAGACUCUGGAGUUGGUAAAUCCAACUUGUUAUCCCGAUUCACCCGUGAUGAAUUCAAUUUGGAAUCCAGAUCAACUAUCGGGGUUGAAUUUGCUACCAGAACAUUGGAAAUUGAUGGCAAGAGAGUCAAGGCCCAAAUUUGGGAUACUGCGGGACAAGAAAGAUAUAGAGCAAUCACCCUGGCUUACUAUCGUGGUGCUGUUGGUGCAUUAAUUGUGUACGAUAUUGCCAAGACUGAAAGUUAUGAAAGUGUUUCCAGAUGGUUGAAAGAGUUGAAGGAACAUGCUGAUUCAAACAUUGUUAUUGAAUUGGUGGGUAAUAAAUCCGAUUUGGACCAUUUAAGAGCUGUUCCAACUGAAGAAGCCAAAAACUUUGCACAAGAAAACAAUUUGUUAUUCAUUGAGGCUUCUGCAUUGAGUAGUGAUAAUGUCGACUUAUCCUUCCAUCAAUUAUUAAAGAAUAUUUACGAGAUGAUUUCCAAACAUCAAUUAGACACCAAUGAACAAGGAGGCGUCAAUAAGCCAACCACGGCCGGUGGUCCAACUAUCUCAUUGACUCCUGCACCACAGCUGAAAAAGAAUAAGAAUAAUGGAGGAUGUUGUUAGUUUAGCUUGUGUAUUACUUAUAUACAUUUUUUUUUCUUAACUAUGCUAUUUUCUUGAGUUUACCCUUGACGCUCACUGGUGUUUUCAAAGGUCGUGUUGUUCCCUUACCUUUAGCACCACUAACUCGAGAACUCACAGGAACAACUGGUGAACUUUCAAUAGACAAACUAAUAAUUUGGUCUCCUCGUAAUAUAAUCAAGCCAAGAUUUCGCUUGUCUAAUACCACAUCUUUGCUAGUACCACUGGUGGCACCCGCACUGUUAUUCUUUUUCAAAUUCGCCCAUGACUUUUUAGUAAUCCUUGAUUCUAUAGUGUCAGAAAUAACCAAAUUAAGAUGGGAAUCAAAUGCUAAUAAUGUGCCAAUAUAUGUCCUGUUAUCGAUUGUGAUUAUUCGAAUUCGAUAAUUUAUUAAAUCAGACAUCUUUGUCUUUUUCGUGAUUGCUAUAUUCUGACUGCUCAUUAUAUACUUCUUGCUAUUAUGACUGAUUGACUGAUUGAAUCCACCUGAUUCACCUGGCGCUUUC